UCGCGUCGUGUCGGCCGGACGAUCGCGAGGAGCGCGCGGGCAUUGACGGCGGGACGAGCGCGGCGAACGAGCUCGCUCGGCGUCGGUGAGGGUGUAGCGUCGCAGCAGCAACACGAACAGCGGGGGUCGGUGUUGCGUAGGUGGUGUGAUAGUGGCGACAGUGGUGGCCAGGGCGACGUGAGUACGAGAUUUCGGGAAAUUAAUGCCGCGCGACGCCGACUCCGGGAGGAGGGAGAGGCCGCCGCGAGCAGCAGCAGCGAGUAGGAGGACAGGGAGAAGGUGAAAGUGAGCCGUCGGCGGUGGUGGUAGUGGCGGCGACGGUGGCGGUGCAUAACCUAAAAAUAAGUCCUCUCCCCGUCCGUUCUCCCUCGUCCGUGGCUACGCGCGAUCGCCGUCGUGAUAGUCGUCGUUGUCGUCGCGCCCGCAUUGCGCACCGUUGUCGUCAUCGUCGACGGCGGCCGCCCCGGUGGUGGUGCGUUGGAGCGCGCGGGGCCGCUCCCCGUGCUGCCCGCGGCGCGACACGCACCGCUCGCGCGGCGUGCCCGCUCCUCUCGCAGCAUGCCCUUCGACAUGACAGACGCGCCGACCUGCCCGGACCUGAAGGAAUGACUUCGCAAAACGACCGGCCGCAGCGGGAAGCGGGCAUGGAGACGAGUUGCUACGAGGUGGGGGAACACGCGGUCCCCGACAGCACGGUGCCGAGGAAGUCCUGGUCCGAGCUCAGAGCCGUCGUCAGCGAUCUCCGUAGGAAGCUGUCCGGGGUGUCGGCGGGCUCCGUGCCCGGCUCCAUAACCUUCCGAUCUCUUCCGGAUGGCCGGACUAGAAUCUAUUUUCUUAGUACCCCCAGCAACGCCUGGGAGACUACCCUUCUGUACGUAGACAUUGCACACGCGGAUCACGCCAACGGUUACCGUCUACACUGGCAGCCUGUCAUAGAAGCAAAUUUCCAGAGCGUGUCGAAUAGACUGUCGAGGGAGGAGCAACUGUUGUGGGAGAGAAAGAGGCUCGCUACCUGGGGUAUAACCAGCUACGAGAUGCACGCGGAGAGUGGAAAACUAGUCUUUCCGGCUGCCAGCAGUCUCUACCAGUGCGUGGACACCGGAUUCAUGCCGGGACCUCUUUUCCCGUCGGAGAUCAGGAUGUCGAACACCGGGGCGAAACUAUGCCCUCAGAUAUGUCCUUGGAACAACGAUCUGGUCGCUCACACGUGUUCCGGAGACCUGUAUCUGUCUCACAGCAUCACAGGCUCCUCGGUUCGUUUGACGCACGCUAGGAAAGGUGGCAGAAGUCUCAUGGACGACCCACUUACCGCCGGCACUCCCUCCUACGUCAUGCAAGAGGAAUUCACAAGGUACGUCGGCUACUGGUGGCAGCCCAAGUCCAGCGACGGUAUUUACCGGAUCGUCUACGAGGAGGUGGACGAGAGCGACGUGAAGAUUUACUGCUUCCCCUCCUCGUCGAACACCGACGAGGUGGACGAGUUCAGGUUUCCCCGGGCCGGUAUGCCGAACGCUAAGAGCAACCUGAAGAUGGUACAGUUCCGGUUGACGGAACUGCUGCAGAUCGUCGACAUCGAGAUACUGGAGCUGCAGUACCCUCUUCACAUUAUGUUCCCUUGGAUGGAAUACAUGGUCAGGGUCGGCUGGACUCCCGACGCGCAAUACGUUUGGGUGCAGCUGCUGGACAGGAAGCAGCAGAAGCUCGAGCUGGUGCUGCUGUCGAUCGACAACUUCUGCGAGCCGCCGCCGAACAUGUACAACUCCGAGAACCACUUCACGCCGACGUCGGCGAGCGUCCAGGUGAUCUAUUCGGAGCAAAGUACGGUGUGGAUCAACGUGAACGACUUGCUGUACUUCCUCAAGCCCGACGACGCGAACGAGGUGAAGUUCAUAUGGGGCAGCGAGGAGUCCGAGUUCCGGCAUCUGUAUCUCAUCACGUCCAGCAUAGCAGGACUGAGCGUCGGGGUGGAAGAGCCCUUGGACAGAAUGGACAGCAUAUUCCUUCGGCCGCGCAUCACCUCCAAAGUGGCCCUGACCCAGGGCGACUGGGAGGUGCUGGGCAAGAGGAUCUGGGUCGACGAGGUGAACUCCAUCGUCUACUUCUGCGGCUUACGGGAGGGUCCGUUGGAGCAGCACGUUUACGCGGUGUCACUGCGUCGGCCGCUGGAGAUACGGCUCCUGACGAGACCCGGCUACAGUUACAACAGUAUAUAUUUUAAUAAGGAAUGCGCUAUGCUGGUCACUGUUUAUAGUUCCAUUAAAACGCUGCCUACUUGUCAAGUAUUCAAGAUCUCGCAGACCGACUGGACGGUGGAGAGUAUAUCGCUCACACCGGUGGGCUACCUCCUCGAGCCGUCCGCGCCCGAGUCCGAGCUCUUCGCGCCGGAGGUCUUCACGCACAAGAUCAAGUCGGGCGACACCAUCUACUCGAUGAUAUUCAAGCCUCACAAUUUCCAGCCUGGCGUCAAGUAUCCCACGAUACUCAACGUUUACGGAGGACCCGAAGUACAACUUGUAUCAAAUACGUUUAAGGGUUUAAGACACCUGCGCAUGCACAUGCUAGCCGCUCAAGGUUACUGCGUGGUUCUCAUCGACUCCCGCGGCUCCCAGCACAGAGGUCUGAUCUUCGAGAGCCACUUGCGACGUAGAAUGGGAACGGUCGAGCUGAACGAUCAGGUCGAGGUGUUGAGGUGGUUGGCGGAGACCACCGGCUACAUCGACCUGAAUCGCGUGGCUCUGCACGGCUGGUCUUACGGAGGAUACCUGAGCCUGAUGGGUCUGAUACAGUAUCCGGAUGUAUUCAAGCUGGCCAUCGCCGGCGCCCCGGUCACCUCGUGGAACUUCUACGACACCGGCUACACCGAGCGCUACAUGGAUCUGCCGCAGAACAAUCCCCACGGCUACAUGUCCGGCUCGAUCCUGACGUACGUGAACAAGUUCCCCGACGAGGAAAAUCGGCUGUUGAUCAUUCACGGACUGAUCGACGAGAACGUCCAUUUCUACCACACCAGCCAGCUGAUCAACGCCCUGGUCAAGAUCGGUAAACCGUAUCAACUGCAGGUCUAUCCGAACGAGAGGCACAGUCUGAGGAGCAUAGAUGCCAGCAAGCACUAUGAAACUACCCUGCUAUCCUUCUUGCAAAAUCACUUGUAAACCGACUUGUUACUCCACUGUUUCGUUUUUUGUCCCUUUCUUUUCUUUUUUUUUUUUUUAUUACACCGUUAGGUAGUUCAGUGGUGUGUGUAUGUGUGUGUGUGUGUGUGAGAGAGAGAAAGAGAGAAAGGGGGGGAGGAAGGAAGAAACGUUCGUUGAGAUUUUGAACAUUUCAGUAACUGCCAUCUGUUUAUAAACGAAAAACCUGGUGAAAAAAAUUAAAUUUGAUGUGUGUCCUUUA